CGCGAGUCGCACCUCAUUUGUGCGCUUGUGUUUGCCGCUUCUGUUCUAUUCGCUGUCUUCUGCCGUUAGCAUGUCCGAGGGGCGAUAAUCUCCGAAUUGUGAACUGUGCAGCGAGUCCGUGUGUGAACGUUUUGUCGUUUAGCGUUUUCGAGCGAAAUUUGAAAAAAAUUCGUUUUUGAAUCGAGGAAAACUCGUUUGUGUGACGGUGCCGGUGUGGAAAGCAAAGAAAUCCAGACACGGAUUCUGCGUCUCGACUGUCUGUUGAGUGUUUCAAGACAAAUUCCGAGUUUGACGUUGGUUUCGAGUGUCCCCGUGUGCUCGUCGUUGUUGCGUUUCCUCCCUGUUUUUUUGAGAAGCGAAAAACCUGCGGAAGGACCCUAGACUUUGCUCCGCGUCUAAGUUGGAAACCGCCCGACUAGUGAAAGAUCGUUCGAUUUGCUCCGCAGCGUGAAUUCAGAAAAGGAUAUCACUGCACCUGCAUUUUACGGAUUUUAAGUUUAUCGAAAAUUUUUCAAAUAUAUUUGGAUAUUUUUGCCAGAGUUAAUUAGACAAGAUGGGUAAAGCACAAAGUAAACGUUCUGUAGAUAUCACCACAGAAGUCAAAAAAGACGAUGUUCCAGAGGAAGGUACUGGCAAAAUGGGCAAAAUUGAAGAUGUCGACCAACUAAAACCACAGGUUAACGGCGAUACACAUCACAACGAAAAUGAGGAUAAAGAAAAAUCAGCCGAAACGGAAGGUACAGAAAACGAAAAAGAUUUAUCAACAGAAAAGGAACAGCAACCACCACAAGAAACCGCUGAACCUAAAGCAAAUCUUGAAAGUGGUGAUGAUGCUGCCGUUACUACACCAACCGAAGAUAAACCUGUGGAAAAUGGCAAUGGAACUGAUGACACAUUGAAUGAAAGUAAAAAUGCUGCUGAAACGUCGACAACUGAAAAUGGUGAUAGCAGUAAAAAACCGAAAAAGGAAAAAGUAAAAAAGAAAUGGUCAUUGCGAAGCAUUUCAUUCGGCAAAAAGGAUAAACAGAAACCACCCAAGAAGGAAGAAGCCAGUACCAAUGGAGAAUGUGAAAAAGUCCCUGAAGAGGCUGCCGAAGAAGCCACAAAGAAUGGUGAUGAAAAUGCCGCGGAAGCUACUUCUCCUACAGAUGAAAAAUCUCCAGUCGCCACACCUGCUGAGAAUGAAUCAAAAGACGUUGCUACUCCUGUUACUGAAGCUGCCGCACCUGUUGUAAAUGGUUCAUCGGAACCUGCUAAAGAAGAAAAACCAGUCGCCGAAGUAGCACCAACUGUUAUUGCUGAAGAGAAGGCUCCGGAAAAAGUCGAAAUCACUACCACCGAAGAACCACCAAAAACGGAAUCUGCACCAGCAGCGGAUGUCGCCCCUGUCACAGAAUCAGCACCUGCCGUAGCACCAGAACCAGCUAAAACAGAAGAAGUUCCAGCUCCAGCCAAAAUUGAGGUAAACGCUGAAAGUAUUCAAGAUGAAACAAAAGAAUCUAAUGCAGAAGUAGUAUUGUCUACUUCUGAACAACCACAACAAGCCGAUAAUGAUAAGGAAGAAAAAAAGAUUGAUGAAGAAAAUAACGUUAAAAAUAUUGAUGGUGAAAGUGCACAGAACCUCCCACCUCCUCUCCCUUGUACCUCUCCUCCUUCACAGGUGUCGGUGUUUGCAUUAAGCGAUGAUAAUAAAGACAAUGUCGAAAGUGAACAGCUGCCACCACCGCCGCCAGUUGAAAUAGAAUCUAAUGUUGUAGAGCCUGUACUAGCCAAGCAAAGUGAAGCGGGGAUUCCCGAAACCGUCGCGAAUAUUGAAGCAGUUGUUGAAAAACAAAGCAAAGAUGACAGUGAAUCAGAAAAGCCCUCCGUCGCCAUUGAACCAAUCCCAGAAGUAAUAGCUUCUUCUGAAAUCAGUACUCCUCCACCGGUUGUUGAAGAACCGGCUUCAUCUAUAGAAGCAGCAGUUCAAUUGACCGAAGAAGCAGCUCCAUCUACAGAAGUAACGGCCCCAUCCAGAGUGGAAGCGGUUCAAUCUGCAGAAGUAGCAGCUCAAUCAGCGGAAGAAGUAGCAGCUCCAUCAGCAGAAGUAGCGAAAGAAGAAGAAAAAUCUGCUGUUAAGACGGUCGAGAUCGAUUCACAUCCUCAGGUAUUGCCAACGAUAACACUUCCAGAGCAUAGUGCAAUUAAUCCAGAACAAAUAGCAGAAACAAUUGCCCUUAUCGAUGAAGUAACACAAGAAGCUGCUAUGAAUGUGGCCAGUCAAUUAGAAGGCGAAGCUAGUUCCAAAAUCGAAUUACCUUUGCACGAACAAAAGACUUCUGUCGAAUCCGAAACGUUACCUACUGAUCCUUCUCAUCCCGAAGAACAAACGUCCACGGUUCCUGAACAAACUUCCACCUCUGAAACAUCCAAUACCGUAGAAGUAGUAGAUCCGAAUUUGUCCAAAGAAGAGUCAGUUGUUGCACAGUCACUUCCCGAUGUAGUUAAUGAACAGGCAGAUACAAACCAAGCGCCAACCGAAUUAAUAGGUGAUCACGGUGCGCUCGCCCAACAACCUGCAGCAAUAGACGUUUCAAGCGAUGUGGCUAAGGAUGAACAAAAAGAUAAAAUCGAGGAUAUAGAUUCAACUGUGAGACCAGACGAAACCGCAGAAAAAGUGCCAGUCGACGAAACAAAAUUAUCAACCACUCCUCCAGCAACAAAUGCCUGCGAAAUGGAAGAUGCCCCCCAAGCCCCAAAAUCGAAGGAAAAUGGCUUUGGUGAAAAUCACGCAGCUGAUACUUCGGCGACUGAAAGCUUAAAUGGGCAAGUUGAUCAUAAAUCAAUUGAGGAAAUCAAGUCCGAUUGUUCAGAAAAAUUGAUAAGCGAACCAACGACGGAACUAGCUGCUGGUACGGUUGAAGUCAAAGAAUAAACGCGAACAUCACAUUGGAUCUUUAUUAUAAAAAGAGUUUAAUAUAAUAAUCAUAUGAAUAAUGAGUAAAUAGCUAUUACAUAAAUUUAUUUCAAACGAAACAAUUCAUCAUGAUAAAUCGAUGAAUGGCAUGACGCAAAACAAAACAACCAGCAACAGAUAUUACAGAUUGAUAUACGAACAUAAAACCAGUAGUACACAAUACAUUCGAAAUUUGUAAACUAUUUCGCAUAAUUUUCUAUUUUCAUCUAUAUAUAUAUAUGUAUGUGUAGUUUUUUUUUGUAAAAUGACAAGUGGAAAAUAUUCAACGACGAGAGGAAAGUAAUACAUACGUUUUGGAUGCAACAAAUUAAUUUAAAAGAAAUUGGUAUUUCGAUAAUGGAACAUUUGAUUAGGAAGGAAGGAAGUUGCGGGAAAUACUGAGAAAGAUGGAAAGUUGUUAUUGGUUGCACAAACAAAGAAAUAUUUAAGGGAAGCAAAAUUUUUAAUUCUCACAUAUUAUUUUAUUAUAAAUUCACACAACUUUAUAUAUAUGUAUGUAUUAAGUAUGAAAAUUAUUCAUUUCUUUUCUCUCCUUUAUUAUAAACAUAAAACACACCAAUUGCCGGGGGUAGUGAUAGCGAUUCGCUGCAUCCUGUCUUUUCCACUCCUCCCUUUCCUCACAAUAUUCAAAGCAUCUUAAAACAUAAGACACAUUCGCAUUCACAUUCAUCCCCACAUUAAGACACAUAUACACUCAUGAAAUCCAUCAAAACGAAAAUCACCCGCUAAAUGGGGGUCAAAACAAGUACUAUCCACUAAAUUUACAAUUUUAGAAAUACAAUUUACAAAUUGUGAACGACUAAAUGGAAAACACAUUUUUGAUAAAAUUUUACAUUUACAAAUAUUAUCAAUCUCUCAAUCUGGACAUAGACCGAAGUUGCAUUUUUUAUAUACGAUUUACAAUUUUUUCGUUUCUUUUAUAUGCAAUGCAAGUUUUGCGAACAAUAUUUAAGUUUCAAAUUUACUCUUUAGUGUUUUUAAAUCAUAUACAACAGCAUAUUUGUAGCAAUUUGUAGAUUUACCGUAAAUAACGCAGAAAUUUAAAGAAGUUUGAAGCUAAAGUAAAUAAAAUUAAUAUUGGAAUGAAGCUGGCAAAGAAGUAUCUUAGCAGGAGGAAAAUAAACGCAGAAUCAAAAUUUGUAUAGAUAUUACCUUCGUGUUUAUUCAUUUAGGCGAGAAAAAAAUACAUUCGUGUUUUUUUUUUUAAAUUUCAUUAUUUUUAUUACAUAAUUUCAUUUUACUGGAAUAAACUUUUUAGUGAUUUUAUAAUAAAGACAAUUUCAGUU